AAAAGCCCUUAAUCAUAAACUUAACUGAGAAAUCUAAUGCUGUAAGUUCGAUCCAUGCUAAAUGCUACUUAUGUAAAUACUAAUUUAAUUAUAAGAAUUAACUCAAUUUGAAUCCUUUAUAAAUUGAGCCUUUGACAAUUGCACCUUAAAAUAGUUUCGAAAACGACCCUGGCAAUAAUUUAUAGCCAACAACGUCAUGUUCACAACGUCUUGUUUAAUAAUGAAGUAUACAAAUAAAAUUUUGCAUGAUGAAGACAUUGAUUCCACUACAAAUACUCCACUCAUCUCUAGUUGGUGUUUAUCAUUUAGCACAUAAUUCUCCUUUAUUACUCCACCAAUUACAUACUCUUCUUAGUCAACCCAAUCUUUCAUAAAUGGAUCAUCUUAAAUCCAGACCCGCUAAUUCUCCACCACUCACUCCAUUAGGCUACCUUGAAAGAGCAGCCACCGUCUAUGGCGACUGCACCUCCAUUGUUUACUCCAACACCACCUAUACUUGGUCCGAUACCCACCGUCGAUCUCUCCAAAUCGCCUCUUCUCUCGUUUCCUGCGGCAUCCAACGAGGUGAUGUUGUCUCUGUUCUUGCUCCCAACAUUCCGGCUUCUUAUGAACUCCAUUUUGCGGUUCCCAUGGCCGGUGCGAUUCUCAAUAAUAUCAAUACUCGUCUCAAUUCUAGAACCAUUUCUGUGAUUCUUUCUCAUAGCGAAUCUAAGAUUGUUUUUGUUGAUUAUCAGCUCUCUUCUCUUCUUCUCGAAGCCAUUGAUUUGCUUCCUAAAAAUCAUCCUCGUCCCCGAAUUGUUUUAAUCGAGGAAGCCAUUAAUGGCGGUAAAAAUGAACAGUUUUUUACAACAUACGAUGAAAUAAUUAAAAAUGGAGAUCCAGAUUUUGAAUGGAUCCGUCCUGAAUCUGAGUGGGACCCGAUUGUACUGAAUUACACAUCUGGUACUACAUCUUCUCCAAAAGGAGUGGUUCAUAGUCAUCGUGGAUCGUUCAUCAUGUCAAUCGACGCUUUAAUCGACUGGUCAGUUCCUAAACAACCAAUUUAUCUAUGGACUUUACCGAUGUUUCAUGCUAAUGGAUGGACGUUCACAUGGGGGAUGGCGGCGGUAGGCGGCACAAAUAUAUGUCUUCGAAAAUUCGAUGGCGCCGCCGUAUUCGCCGCCAUUAAAACCCAUAACGUAACCCAUCUAUGCGGCGCUCCUGUUGUUCUUAACAUGCUAUCGAAUCUCCCAAACCCGACCCCACUAUCCAAACCCGUUCAUAUCCUCACAGCCGGAGCACCGCCUCCGGCCGAGGUUCUCGGCCGGACUGAAUCCCUCGGGUUUAUUGUCAGUCACGGGUAUGGGUUAACGGAAACGGGUGGGUUAGUUGUUUCCUGUGCUUGGAAACCAAAAUGGAACAAAUUCCCAGCAUCAGAAAGGGCAAAAUUAAAAGCUAGACAAGGAAUUAGAACAAUAACACCAUCAAAAAUUGAUGUAAUUGAUCCAGAAACUGGUAAAUCUGUUCCAAAAGAUGGAAAAUCAGUAGGGGAAAUUGUUCUAAGAGGUGGGUAUUUAAUGUUAGGGUAUUUAAAAGACCCAGAAGGGACUAACAAAUGUAUGGGAAAUGAUGGGUGGUUUAGGACAGGUGAUGUGGGUGUAAUGCACCCAGAUGGGUACUUAGAAAUUAAGGAUAGGUCAAAAGAUAUAAUAAUAAGUGGUGGAGAAAAUAUUAGUAGUGUCGAAGUUGAAUCGAGGAUUUAUAGCUUUCCGGGGGUGAAUGAGGUGGCGGUUGUGGCGAGACCGGACGAGUAUUGGGGCGAAACGCCGUGCGCAUUUGUGAGUUUGAAACAAGGGUUGAAGAAUGUACCAAAAGAAAAGGACGUAAUAGAGUAUUGUAGGAUGAAAUUGCCACAUUAUAUGGUGCCUAAAACGGUUGUUUUUAAGGAUGAGUUGCCCAAGACUUCUACAGGGAAGAUUCAGAAGUUUGUACUUAGAGAUAUGGCCAAGGCUUUAGGGCCUUCAAGAGCAAGUCGUUUGUAAAUUGUGUGGUUGUAGUUGUAAUUGUAAUGCAUUAGUAUAAUAAUGACUAAUGAGCUUGUUUUUAUUGGGGAUUCGGGGUUUACGGUUUUGGACUUUCCUAUAUGGUAAUGCUGUUUACUUAUUUCGUAACAUAUAGGUCGGAAAUUUCUCAUUUGAAAUGUCUAAAUGUAACGUAUUGAAUGGGACCGAAUGAGUGAUGAGAGAAAGUUGUGAAAAGUUAAUACAUAAUUACAUUACAUAUUGAGCUAGAGUGUAAAAAUAAA